AUGUCCGGCAACUUGACGAACAGCCAAAUCACCCAGGUCCGUACUUUCCAACCUCUGACCAUCAACACUAUUCCUCACAGCCCAAGCACAGGCAACAGAACCUUCCUCCUCUCACCAUCACCGACAACCUCCACGGACUCCUAUCGUGCCUGGAUGGGCACGACGGAUGUCGCUGCUGAGCUUCGUGGGUCGUUGCCCUCUCCAACUACGCCCCUAUUCCCAACAUCCUCGAAUGGAUUCCACCGUUCUUCGAAUGGCACUGGGGAGGUUCCGUCUCAGCUUCGCACGCUCAGUGGCUUGCCCUGGCAAAUCCCAGGCGACAGCGGCGCCGGAUACGUGGGCCCUGAUCUCGACAAUGACUCCAGUCUCUCGAGCAUCCCAACCGGAUCAUCAACCGACGUGAGUCACUCGACACUUGCAUCCAGCACUACCACCAUCACCCCUUCCUCCACCACCUCCCGUUGCUGCUGCGCCCUCCGCCCCCUCCUCACCCACGCCCUGCGUUCCACAACCACCCGCCUCCGCAACACCUUCACCCACCACACGCCUCCCCCUCCCCCAACCCCUCACCACCCGCCAACCUCCAUCGAAACCUCCCUCCUCCAAAUCCACCUCCACACCCUCCACACAACCCCCCUCCGCUUCCUGCACUGGUCCUUCGGCUACUUCUCCCUCCACCGCGCCGGUUCCAACGCGAGGGUGCGGUUUCCGGAGGAGCAUUAUGCGCAUUUGCCGAUUCGCGCGGUGGUGUUGUUGGUGGCGAUGGAUUUGGAGGAGGGGGCGUUGUGGGUGGAGGGGGAUGGCGUGGAGGGGGAUGUGGCGUGGAGUUUGGGGGUUGUUGAGAUAGGUUAG